AUGCCCUUGGAUGGCCAUUCCUACUUAAUCGCCCAGGGAUGGGGUGGUAAAGGUACUGGACUCCGCCAAGGCGCUAUCAGUCGACCCCUUGCCAUCCCCCAGAAAAAAAAUCUCGCGGGACUAGGCAAGAAUCGCGACGAGGCGUUCCCGUUCUGGGAUCAUCUUUUCUCAGCAGCCGCGAAGUCCAUACAAGUCAAGUUGUUGAGCGAUGAUGAUGAAGAUGGGAACGACAGCGACCCAUCUAACUCUGUAUCCACACUCAAACGCACAACGACGGGAAUUCUGUCUACUCGUCGCCCAGUUGAUGGAACACCCGCCACCUCAGGCACCACCACUCCAGACGCCGUCGACCAGACACGUCAAUUCAGUCUACUAGUCACUGCGAAACGCGAAGCUGCAAAGCGCGGAUUGUACGCUAGGUUCUUUCGCGGCCCUGUGCUUGGUCCAGAUAGCGAUGAAACGAAGAACACCGUUCGCACCGAGGAUGUCAAGUUGGAAACCACUGUGAAUGAGAAAGUGAAAAAGCGGAAGGAAAAGACAGACGACGACGAUGGAGAAAGGGAACGUAAGAAACGGAAAAAGGAGAAGGAGAAAAAGAAGAAGAAAGGCAAUGAAGAGGAGUUGGCUGAGUUACCAAAGAAAUCAAGAUCAAAACGGAAGGAGAUAGACAAAGAGGAUGCGGAUGAUUCAAAGUCUGCAGGGAAAGCAGAGAGGCGACGGCUUAGGCGCGAGUUGAAGGAAGCGAAGAAGAGACUUCAAUCAGGGAUUGAGGCUGGACAGCUUUGUUCAGAUAGCGAAGACCGAGCACGACGAAAAGAGAAAAAGAGCUUGAAAAAGGAAUCCAAAUCAUUGGAAAGAACGGGGACCGCUGCCCAGACACAGAUUGUCGAGGGGGGCAAGAUGGACUCCUCACGGACAACGAAUUCUGCUUGUGACGAAAUUUUAGACAAACAACGCAGCAAGAAGAAACGGAAACAUUGUGAUACCCUAGCCCUGGUUGCAUAG